AUGCAGGUUCAGACUUCUCUUGGUUCUAUAAGAGGCAAAGUUGCACCUAGUGGCAUCCGUGAAUUCUUAGGAGUACGGUUUGCAACUGCAGCACGAUGGAAGCGACCUGUUGCAGUUCAACCGUGGAGCAAUCUGUAUGAUGCUACUAACUUUAGUGCAUCUCCCCCACAAAUGAAUAUGCCCGUCCCCAUCUCGCUGCUCGUUGACACACAUGAGGGUGAUGUCCAGUCUGAGGAUUGUCUCUGCCUCAACGUUUGGACGCCUCCAAAUGCGGAAGGUCGAAAUCUGCCGGUUAUGGUGUGGAUCUAUGGCGGAGCGCUGACGAAUGGCCAAACUAACAUGCUCGCGUAUGAUGGCCAACCCAUGGUCAAGGCUUCAAUUGAGCUGAACAAGCCAGUCAUUGUGGUUUCAAUCGCCUACAGAGUCAACGUGUUUGGCUUCUUGGCUUCCAAAGAGCUUCAAGAAUGGAAUGGUGACGGGACAACCGGAAACAUGGGCUUCUUCGAUCAGCGUUUGGGACUUUUGUGGGUCAAGGAACACAUUGCCAGGUUUGGUGGUAACCCACAGAAUAUUACUGUUUUUGGCGAGUCGGCAGGCUCAGCAUCCAUUGACAUACUAUCGAUCAUGUUUGCCAAGGAAAAACUGUUUACAAGAUGUAUAAUGCAGUCAGGUGUAGCUUUGACGAUGCCGCCAGCUCCUGUAGCAACAGCCCAACGAGUGUUUGAUCUCCUUUACGAGCAUUCGAAGGGGCCUGCUGAUCUCAAAGGGAAGGCCAAAGUCGAAUAUCUCUUAAGCAGAUCGACAGAAGAAGUCAAAGAGGCAUGGUCCAAGAUGGCGUUGAAAGUCGCUAUAUCUCCUGUAAUUGAUGGUGUUGCGAUCACGAGUGAUUGGGCUCAUGUGGUACGUCCUCUCAAGGACAUGAUGGUUGGGACGACUCGUGACGAGGGCACCCUAUUCACAAUGAUUGGAUCUCCAAAAACAAUGCAGGAACUAGGUGCCAGAAUCGGCGCUCGCUUCCAAAACCCACAACAUCGUGACGCACUGCUAAAGGUCUAUGACGAGAAGAAAUACGGCACAGUACAGAAAGCGUUCACGGAAUACUUUGGCGAUACAAUCUUCCAGUAUCCAGUCCGGCAAUAUGCUCGCUCCAAAUCCACAUCAGCAAACGUAUAUGUAUACAGAUUCGACCACGCAUUAGCCACGUCGAAACCGUACAGAAUUGGAGCUCACCAUGCAUCAGAGAUACCCUUUGUAUUCUCAAAUGCGGCUUUCUUGAACGAGAAGGAGGUGAUACUGGCAAAGGAAAUGACCAAGCAAUGGAUCACUUUUGCUUACAAUGGAGCACCAGAGUGGCCAAAGUAUAAAGUGAACGGCAAAAUCGCAGUGUUUGGUAGUGGAGGAAUGACGCUGGAAAAUGAUGAUUUCAGGAAGGAGGCGUUGGAUGUUUGUGAUAAGGUCUUUACUGAAGCUCAUGGUAUUGGGUCUCGACUGUAA